UCUCCUGGGACCCGGCGCUGCCCGCGGACCUUUCAGCUUCCAGGUCCGUCCGGCUCGCCUUUGCUCCCCAGCUCUGGCUUCGGUCCCGGCUCUGGCUCCGGUCCCGGCUCUACUGGUGCGCCUGCGCUCCCUCUCCCCGGGAGGCGGAGCUGGGGAGCUGGUCAAGUAAGAUCGCGGGGAGCUUUCGUUCUUCUGUCCGGUCUCCUCCUUGCUUUUCUCCUACAACAAGGAUGGCUGCCAGUGCUCUGCGCGUCAAGGACCCGAGGCGAGCUGGCGGGGCUGCCCAAGCCCGCCUCAGAAUCCUGCUCGGACACCUCCAGGGCCCUGCGACCCCGGCGAUCGCGGCUUCUCCGACUUUAGCUGCUGUUGUGCCUUCCAAUUUCCAUCCUCCAAAAUUCCAGUACACACUGGAUAAUAAUGUCUUAACCCUAGAACAGAGGCAAUUUUAUGAGGACAAUGGUUUCCUGGUCAUAAAAAAUCUGGUGUCUGAUGAAGAUAUUCAGCGCUUCAGGAAUCAAUUUGAAAGGAUCUGCAGAAAGGAAGUGGAAUGCCCAGGAAUAGAUAUCAUGAAGGAUGUGACCAUUGCAAAAUCAACCCAUUCUCUAAAUGAGAACAUAGUUACAAAAAUCCAGAAUUUUCAGGGUGAUGAAGAACUCUUCCGCUAUUGCACUCUGCCCCAGAUUACUAAAUAUGUCGAGUGUUUCACUGGACCUAAUAUCAUGGCUAUGCAUACAAUGCUGAUAAACAAGCCUCCAGAUUCUGGUAAGAUGACUUCUCGCCAUCCCAUGCAUCAGGACCUGCACUACUUCUCAUUCAGGCCUCCCAAUUCCAUUGUCUGUGCUUGGACUGCCAUGGAACAUAUUGACAGAAACAAUGGCUGCCUGGUUGUGUUACCAGGCACGCACAAGGGCACCUUGAAACCACAUGACUAUCCUAAAUGGGAGGGGGGAGUUAAUAAGUUGUUCCAUGGUAUACAAGACUAUGAUGCAAACCAACCCAGGGUUCACCUGGUGAUGGAGAAGGGAGACACUGUUUUUUUCCAUCCUCUGCUCAUUCAUGGAUCUGGAAGUAACAAAACUAAAGGGUUCCGGAAGGCAAUUUCCUGUCAUUAUGCCAGUUCUGAUUGCUUCUACACCGAUGUAAAGGGCACCAGUCAAGAAAACAUUGAGAAGGAAGUCCAAGUGUUAUCUGACAGAAAGUUUGAGGGCCUCAAAAUCCAAUUAAAGGAUAUUUGGAUGAUACGAGCACGGCUUGUGAAAGGAAAAAGAAUCAAUCUUUGAAGUAUUACUGAAAAGUCAACACCAAGUGCCAAAGGAGAAUGUUUUUAGAUGAGAAGUAGUGGUCCUUGGUAUCAUAUACUAAUAUGAAAAAGCACUUUGUUUUAUGCAAUAUUGUCUGCUUUGGCAGAUACAAAGACUAAAAUGUUUAAUAUGUAAAAAACUUAACUUACUGUCACUUGUGUAAUUUUGGAAUAAUCCAAGUCUUCCAAAAAAAAGGGAGGGUGGGAGAGUGAAUCAUUAAAGCACUUGUUACCUAAAAGAAAAUCUAUUGAAUUCAGUCUUUGCAAUUAUAAACUAACUGGGUGCCACUAAAAAGUAAUAGUUGAUUGCUUUUAUAGGUAGGGGAAAUAUGUUGCUGAUGCUUCUUUAGAGAGGCAAAGGAUAAGAAUUUGUCCUAAGCUGAUAGUUCUUUACUUUUUAAAAAGUGAAUUUCAUUUAUUCCUUUCUCUUUUUCUGACCCUAAAGAAAAAUUGGAUAAUCUCCUCUGAUGAAAGAAACUGAAAAUCUUCAUAUCUAAGACUGAUGUUAGGGUUAGGCAGUAGGAAGCUUAUUAAAUCAUUUUGAUUUUAGGUUGAAAUAAAUAUGGCCUGUGGUGACUUUUUGCUGUUGUUCUUCAAGUUUCCAUUUCAUUCCUCACUUAUGAAAAGAGGUGAAGGUAGUAAGGAGCUAUAUUUUACAUUCAUUUUCCAAUCAGAGGCAAGGAUAAUUUUCUAGUACUAAAACAGGAAAUAGAAAUAUGUUAGACCUUCCCACUCUCUCUUUUCUUGCAAUGUAAAUAAAAUACAUGUUUCCUUGGCUUUUCUCUGAUUCCUAAUGGGCAGUAACUGUGUCAGUGCACCUACUUUAAGCCUGCGAUAUUCCCCAGAUAAGCACUGGGUGAUGGCAUUAAAGUGACAGAGACAAGUAUGAGAGAGUUGUGCAAUGGAAAGAUUAGUAAAAGAAUACAAAAGAAGAAUAUGGAUAAAAUGAGCUAGAUGGAUGGACCAAUGUCUCAUUCUGGAAUACUGAAUUUCUCUAACCAGUUUAUGCCAAUUUUGGAACAAAGGUGUUUUUGAAAUAAACUUAAUAGUGUGAGGGAAGCAAAUGAACAAGUUAUGGUUAUUUUUCAAGAGAUUCUAUAUUAUAUAUGUGACUAUGUGCUGCUACAUGGUAUUAUUCCAACUACUUGGAGAACAGUUUUGGGAUAUCGGUAUCUUUUAUCUCAAAAUUAGUUUUAAAAAAUUUGUGGUCUUUUACUUUUCUUUCCUUUACUUCCAAAUAUAUUCCUUCCCCUUGCUUCCCCAGGGAGACAUUUUAUGCAAUAAAGAAGAAAAAGGAAAGUGGCUGGGGAAGAAGAGCACUUAAGCAAAACCAACAAACACAGCAACCAAGUGACUAUAUAUGCAAUUUCCCAUACUCAUAGGAGUGAGGUUGUUUUUCUCAACUCUUCCAAGGGUAAAUUUAAUUCUUUUAAUUAUAUAGUAUUCAAUUUGGGGUUUUGUCCUUUCCAUUUACACAUGCAGCAUUUUAGCUAUUGCAUGUGUUUUCCUGGUUCUACUAACUUUGCUUUAGUUCAGUUCAGUUAAUCCAUCAGUUCAUAAAAGUUUUCACAUUCUACCCUGAAUUCCUUGUAUCUAUUGUUAAUAUCACAUUUCACUAGAUCAUUACAAUCAUUAUCCCUGAGUUUGGCUAUUUCCCAAAGUGACAUAUGCCUGCUUUAUGUCCAGUUCUUUGCUAUCACGAAAAAGCAUUGUUAUGAAUAUUUUUGUAUACCUAUAGCAUUUCUUUCUGUUUUUUUCCCUCCCUGGACGAUAUGCUUAACAGUGACGCCCCUGGUCAAAAAACAUGGUUAUUUUGUAUAUUUCUUUAUCCUAAUCUCAAAUUAUUUCCCCAAACACUUAUACUAAUUCACAGCUCUGUCAACAGUGCAUUACUGUGCAUGUUUUCCAUUGUCCCUCUGAUAUUGGACUAUGGAAUCCAACAUUCACAUCUAUCAUUUGUCACUUUUGGCAGUUUGUUGUGGAGGACAUGAAAUUCUGGAAAAGUUUAGAUUUAGAUUCCUCUUAUUAGUGAUUUGGAGCAUUUCCUCAUUUAAUUGUGAAUAGUUCUUUUGAUAACUAUUUAGUCAUAUCCUCUGGCUACUUUUCUAAUGGGAAAUAGCUCUAAUCUUAAGUAUUUUGAGGAAUUAUUUAUAUAACCUGGAUAUUUGAAAUCAAUAAACAUCUAUAUAUUAUACAUAACAUCUGGUGAUAAAAACAAAGUCAUCUAGAUUAUCUUCCUUGAACAUUAGGUCCUUUGGCAGUACAGCUUUAAUUAGGGUAUAUGUACCUCUGAAUAAAUAUAAGUAAAGAAUUUUCAAGGAAAAAUGGACAGGAUAUGCCUAAAUUGUUGACAACUGUGAAACACCUAUCUGUACCUCAAUUUAUACUGUGAAUUCUGGACUGCCUCUGUUUGAAUAAAGGUGUGUUAUCUCA